GCGGGGACUAGGGCAACAGCCCGUACCCUGAGCGCUCCAGGCUCCACGCCGCCCCUCGCGAGUCCCGCCGGCUGGUGUGUCCAGCUGCCGAGGCACAGCUCGUCCAGCUGAGCGCAGCCAGAUUCACACGACAUGAGCGUCCGGACAGGGCUCUGAGCGGUGGCUACGAUGUCGCGGCGCGGGGCCCUUGGCCCGGGCUGGAGGCUUCUACUGGCGCUGCUGCUGGCGCUGGGCGAGCUGCCACCUGCGCGGGGCGUCGAGGAGGAGCCUGCUGUCGAACAGGACGAAAGCCAGGGCUUCCAGGUGGUCACCUUCAAAUGGCACCACGUCCAGGACCCGUACAUCAUCGCGCUUUGGAUCCUCGUGGCCAGCGUGGCCAAGAUCGGCUUCCACCUGUCCCACAAGGUCACCAGCGUGGUCCCUGAGAGUGCACUGCUCAUCGUGCUGGGCCUCGUGCUGGGCGGCAUCGUCUGGGCAGCCGACCACAUUGCAUCCUUCACGCUCACGCCCACCGUCUUCUUCUUCUACCUGCUGCCACCCAUCGUGCUGGACGCCGGCUACUUCAUGCCCAACCGGCUCUUCUUCGGCAACCUGGGCACCAUCCUGCUAUAUGCUGUCAUUGGCACCGUGUGGAACGCGGCCACCACUGGCCUUUCUCUCUACGGCGUCUUCCUGAGCGGCCUGAUGGGACACCUGGAGAUUGGGCUGUUGGAUUUCCUCCUGUUCGGCAGCCUGAUCGCUGCCGUGGACCCAGUGGCCGUCCUGGCGGUGUUUGAGGAGGUUCAUGUCAACGAGGUCCUGUUCAUCAUUGUCUUUGGGGAGUCACUGCUGAAUGAUGCUGUCACCGUGGUCCUGUACAACGUGUUUGAAUCUUUCGUGAACCUGGGUGGUGACAAGGUGACUGGCGUGGAUUGCUUGAAAGGCAUAGUGUCCUUCUUCGUGGUGAGCCUGGGGGGCACGCUGGUGGGGGUCUUGUUCGCCUUCCUGCUCUCACUCGUGACCCGCUUCACCAAACACGUGCGCAUCAUCGAGCCCGGCUUUGUGUUCGUCAUCUCCUACCUGUCCUACCUCACCUCCGAGAUGCUGUCCCUGUCGGCCAUCCUGGCCAUCACCUUCUGCGGCAUCUGCUGUCAGAAGUACGUGAAGGCCAACAUCUCGGAGCAGUCCUCUACCACCGUGCGCUACACCAUGAAGAUGCUGGCGAGCGGGGCCGAGACCAUCAUCUUCAUGUUUCUGGGCAUCUCGGCAGUGGACCCCCAGAUCUGGAGGUGGAACACAGCCUUCGUGCUGCUGACACUGGUCUUCAUCUCUGUGUACCGAGCCAUUGGUGUUGUGCUGCAGACCUGGAUCCUGAACCGGUACCGCAUGGUGCAGCUGGAGAUCAUAGACCAGGUGGUCAUGUGCUACGGUGGCCUGCGUGGGGCUGUGGCUUUUGCCCUGGUGGUCCUUCUGGAUGAGGACAAGGUCAAGGAGAAGAAACUGUUCGUCAGCACCACCAUCAUCGUCAUCUACUUCACUGUCAUCUUCCAGGGCCUGACCAUCAAGCCCCUGGUGCAGUGGCUGAAGGUGAAGAGGAGUGAACACCAUGAGCCCAAACUCAAUGAGAAGCUGCAUGGCCGGGCUUUCGACCACAUCCUCUCGGCCAUCGAGGACAUAUCAGGGCAAAUCGGACACAAUUAUCUCAGAGACAAGUGGUCCAAUUUUGAUAGGAAAUUCCUCAGCAAAAUCCUUAUGAGGAGGUCAGCCCAAAAGUCAAGAGAUCGAAUUCUUAAUGUUUUCCAUGAGCUCAACCUGAAGGACGCCAUCAGCUAUGUGACUGAGGGAGAGCGCCGCGGGUCCCUGGCCUUCAUCCGCUCCCCCAGCACUGACAACGUGGUCAACGUCAACUUCAGCACACCACGCCCGUCCACUGUGGAGGCCUCCGUCUCCUACCUGCUGAGGGAAAACGUUAGUGCCGUGUGCCUGGACAUGCAGUCCCUGGAGCAGAGGAGGAGGAGCAUCCGCGACACAGAGGACAUGGUCACCCACCACACGCUGCAGCAGUACCUGUACAAGCCCCGGCAGGAGUACAAACAUCUCUACAGUCGACACGAGCUAACUCCAGAGGAAGACGAGAAGCAGGACAAGGAGAUCUUCCACAGGACCAUGCGGAAGCGCCUGGAGUCCUUCAAGUCAGCCAAGCUGGGCAUCAACCAGAACAAGAAGGCGGCCAAACAGUACAAGCGAGAGCGCGCUCAGAAACGGAGAAACAGCAGCAUUCCCAAUGGCAAACUGCCCAUGGAGAGCUCCAUACAAAAUUUCACCAUUAAGGAAAAAGAUUUGGAACUUUCAGACCCGGAGGAGACCCCCAACUACGAUGCUGAAGACAUGAGUGGAGGGAUUGAGUUCCUGGCGAAUGUCACAAGGGAUACAGCGACAGACUCCCCCUCGGGAAUUGACAACCCUGUGUUUUCCCUGGAUGAGGACCCGAACAUCCUGACCAGGGUGCCACCCUGGCAGUCUCCCGGGGAGACAGUGGUGCCCUCCCAGAGGGCCCGAGUGCAGAUCCCCCAAUCUCCGGGCAACUUCCACCGCCUGGCUCCCUUCCGCCUCAGCAGCAAGUCUGUGGACUCCUUCCUGAUGGCCGAAGGCCCCAAGGAGCAGCCCCACACCACUCUGCCUGAUUCCACGCACAUGUGACACGGGCUCUGACGCGCCGCUGACGGGACGCACGUCCCCGCGCGAGGUACUGCCCGCCGCUGAGAUGCCUCCGCGCCUGCUCGCCCCACCCCUGCCCAACCCGGCCCCGGCAAUUGCGCCUCCGGCCCAGCCCACCGCCCAGAACCCGGCUUCCGCUGCACCUCGGGACCUCGAACUGGGGGCGGGCCCUUUGUCGGAGGUGGGGUCUGCUUUAGAAGAAGGGCCUACGCAGGGGGCGGGACUGGAGCGCCGGGGGCUGCCAGGCGCGCACGCGCGGUCGGCGGCGGCACGCCGCGUGCACAGCCGGCGCUCGUUCCAGCGGCCCCGCGCUCGCCGCCGGCCGGCGCUGCUCAAGCUGGCGUCCCUGCAACCGUCGUUCCACGCGCCGCCGCAUGCACUGGAGCAAGAGGAGACGCCCCUGUGACGGACGCGACCUCCCAGGUGUCCCCUCCAUGGCCUCGACCCCGCGGUCUUCCCGUCGAGGCUUGGAGCAGCCUUGGGUGCCACUCCCCACCUCAUCCAAAGUCUGGGUGUGGGAUCAAUAGCAGGAGGACCAAAUGUCUGCAAGGCCUGAACCUCGAAAUUCCGUGGCGCCACCUGCAGAGUGCAGGGGAGCCCCUGUGGAACAAGAAGUGGACAGUGGCCAAGCCUCCAGUUUCUGGGAGAUAUGGACAGGUGCCCUUGUAAGGAGAGUGCCUCGUGGGUCCUUCUGUACACCUGUCCUGGUUUUGAACUGAGUUGGCACUUAGUACUGUUCCCACUGUCACUCCUGACUCAGGGACUGGAAGGGCCCUUGGACUCCAGAGUCCAGCCUCUGUGUUUGAGUUCUUGUCACUUUUAAUAUCCCUUCUCGCUCUCAUCAGCACUGUCAGGGAAACUGAGACCCAAGAAAAAUGAUAUUUUCCCACAUGGCAGCAACCUGACUUCAGGCCCAGGCUGGCCUCUCUCAGGGCCCCAGGAGAUCAGAAGCCCCGGUCCCAGGAGCAAUUCACAGGCCAAGGGGUUGGGGUGUGGUCAUCCAAGACCUGGGUGAUACCAUGCCCACUAACCAGUUCUGUGAACCACCUACCACCUCAUGGACUCAGUACAAUUGCAGAAACAUCUGUGUUCAUUCAUCCUUUUUGUGUUGAGACUUCUAAAGCCCAGCACCUGUCUGCUCUCAGUGCGGCGGCCUCUGAGUACCAGGUGCUGCCCUGUACUAAAACACCUGCUCUCUGGCCCAAGCUGCCCCACCCGACACUGGCAGAUAGCCCAGGCUGGGUUAGAGUUUGUACUGGCUGCAUGGGUGUCUCCCACAGCUGCAGCUAAGCCAGUGGGGCCUUCAUUUCUAAACAACUCUUGUUUAGAAAUACAGCCAGUCCUUAGGUGGACCUGGGCCCUCCUGACCAAGCAGAGGAAAGCUGGUGGAAGGUGUGCUGUUGGGAGCUGCUUUUUUAUGGAGGACUAAGGGGUCUUGGAACAGGGCCCAGACCCUGGUAAGACCCCUGGCCCUAUACUGAGGACGUAGCACAGAUGGCCUGUUACCUCCUCCAGGGUAUCAGAGAUGAGCCCUUAGAGCUCCCCCAUUCCCACCAAGACCACUGUCCAGCUAUCCUGCGGGGAGCGGUUGGCGAGGGACCUGCUAACUUAGCAGUUGCUGAGUUGGCCCUCAUCUGCCCGCCCAUUCCUCAGAGGUAAGGUUUUGUGUGAAGUUGAGGUAGUGAAGGAUUAAAGGGACAGUGGACUUCAGGACACUCCUAGAGGCUUUUCUAAAGAAGCCAGGCUCUGCUCUGCUCAGGAAAGGAGACUUCAUGCUGUGCUCAAGUUGUCACAGCCUCCACGGGUGAGGAUCACGAGCAGUUGAUAGUGUUUUCAUGGUGCACAUUGAGUCCCUGAUGGAAAAGUCUCUGCAAUUUGCUGUUUGUAGCUUUGCUAUUGAGAAAAGCAAGUGACAGCAAAAGGAACAUUCAGUGUGGUGUUUGUUCACCGACACAGAGGAGGCUCUGCAUCCAGAGGGAGCAGAGCUACUCACUAUUUGAAUAAUUAGCUCAGCCAUCACAAAUAAAGGAGAGCUGAUUUUCAGUAGUUGCUCUCCACACUUUGCAACCACUUUAAUCAACUCUGAGAGCACAAGACUCAGCCACAAUCCACACAACCAAACCUGUCCAUUAGUGACCUCAGGCCAGCCAUUGCUGAGCCACAGCCACCAACAGCAACUUGAGGAAGGUGAUGCUCUGUCCACUCCCCUGCAGUAGUGGUUCAUCCAGAACAGGCUGGGUCCAGGAGCAGGGGGUCGUCCGGGGUCCACAGCCUAGUCAGUCUGGCCCCUCCAGCGCCUUAACAACUAACUCCCCUGGACCACUGGACCCAGAUCCAAUUUCAGGCUGCAGGGCCAGAGGCUGAGUCUGGUAAAGCAGCUCAGGGGCAGUGGCUGGACACCCUACUCACCCCACUUGACGCUAAACUUCCCAGUGGUGAAUCCAUUUGGCAAACAUCUCCCGGGCAAACCCUUCGGCCCUAUUUCUGGGGUAGGUGGGCAGACGUUUGCUGAACUGCACAAUCUAAGCACAGCCAUAAUGGAACCGAAGUUCCAGACAUGCGACCUCACAGAACCCCAAGCCCCACAUUUCAGUGACCGAGAGACAACUCCACCCGUGACACAGUGUUACAGACCCCCGUACUGUGGAUACAUUUCACAAGUGAGAAUCCUAGCUGUUCUCGUCACUGUAAAACAGAAUGUAAACAAUGUCUUAUGAAUGUAUUUCCUUAGGAAAACUGUUGUAAAAUUUUUUAUUAGGAAAGAAUUCCUAUUUAUUUAAUACUGAACUUUGGCCUACUUUGUGGUAGAUGAUAAAGCACACUGAUUUAGGAGUCAGUUUCUCACUUCUUAAAAAUAAUUUUGUUGCAGAGCUCAUGUACUGUACACUGCUGAUCUAUUGUGAAAGGAGAUUUUUAAAGCAAGAAUUUCAUUGAAGUGUAUUAUAAUGAGUGGUGAAAUUGUGAAUUUUGUGCAAAUGAUCUUAGCCGGACUUUAUGUAACCCUAAUCACAAUCAAUGUGCCUUACAGGGCCCCCCAAUGUGCUGGUGGCGGUGUCCAGGCAGGGGGCCCAUCGUAGACCCUGCCACAACGGCCUGAUCAAGUCUAUUAAAAGCAUUUC